GCCCAUCCGAAAUAAAUAGAAACCUUAUUAGUAAAGUUAUUGGCAUCAGAUCACUAUUCACUAGAUCAGGCAUCAACAACACAGUGAAAAAAGAGAGGAGAGAGAAAUGGAAGGUAAAAUCCAAAUCCCAACCCCAAGUCCAAUUCCAGUAAUAGAUGUCAAAGAAAUAGAAGGGAAAUCCACGAAAUUAAGGGAAAUAUGUGAAAAAUGGGGUUGUUUCAGAGUGGUAAAUCAUGGGGUACCCUUAAAAUUAAUGGCAGAAAUGAAACUAGUGUCAAGACAAUUGCUUCAACUUCCGUCGGAAAUCAAACGUCAGAAUGUGGAUGUGAUCCCAGGUAGUGGAUAUAUGGCACCCAGUGAAAAGAACCCACUUUAUGAAGCGUUGGGUCUUUUUGAUGUUGCUUCUUCUCUUUCUGUUUCUAAUUUUUGCUCUCAACUCCAAGCUUCUUCCCACCAAAGGGAGAUAAUAGAAAGUUAUGCUGAAGCAAUAUACAAUUCUGCAACGGAUAUUGCAAGUAAGAUAGCCACCAGCAUGGGUUUGACAGGUUACAGUUUUGAAGGUUGGCCUUGUCAGUUUAGGAUAAAUAAGUACACUUUCACUCCGGAAACUAUAGGAUCUUCAGGCGUACAAAUCCAUACAGACUCUGGAUUUUUAACAAUACUUCAGGAUGAUGAGAAUCUUGGUGGUCUUGAAGUUAUGGAUGAGUCAGGUGCAUUUGUUGCUGUUGAUCCCUCGCCAGGGACUCUUCUUGUCAAUCUUGGAGACGCUGCCGUUCCAUGGAGCAAUGGAAUUCUACGUAAUGUACAACACCGGGUAGAGUGCAAGGGUGCUGGAAUACGCAUGUCGAUUGCAACAUUCCUGUCACCACCACCAAGUAAAAUAAUUGAAGCACCUUCUGAGUUUGUUGAUGUUGAGCACCCUCGCCUUUAUGCUCCCGUCACAUAUGAAGAGUUACGGAGGCUUCGCGCUUCAAAAAAGCUGCAUUGCGGAGAAGUCCUUGAGUUGGUACGUCUUGCCGAGUAAAUCCGACAGAAUAUGCUGAGCUCGCUAAACUAAUACGCAAGAGGUAGUAUUAACUGCCCAAAUACCUUAAUGUUAUGCACGAACAAAAGAAGUCUGAAAAUGACUAAAAUAGGUUAUACGCAAUACAAGUAUGCAAAUGACUAAAAUAUCCUUGUUCAAAAAACAAGGCAUAUUGGUAAUUUUAGUCAUUAAGGGUAUUAUGGACGUUAUGGUUAUUUUAUUGCUUGCUGUACUUCACCACUUACGGGAAAAAAAGAAUACUUUUUCAAAUAAUACCGACUAGAUCACCUGCCUUUUAUUCGUGUGUUAAUUUAAAAGUGGGAGUUGUUAUGGCCUAUAGGUUGUGAUAUCACUUGAAGAUGAUAUUUCACUGUAAUAAUAUAUCUCUUAUCUGAUGAUAUAAUUAAAUUGAAGAUUCUAUUUUGUAACUUAAA